CUCGUUAAAUCUGUACGAUAAAAAAAAGAAGAAGAUAAAAAGCUAGUUAUAUAUAAUAUUAAUUUUUUCACCCAAACCGAAUAAAAGAGAGAGAGAAUCUGUGCAUGUUGCUCAGAAAAUCUUCAAAGCGUAAUCUGGGCUUACGUUAGCUCUCACGAACUCCCAAAGGAUCUUCUCCUAUAUAUGUUAAUUUUUUCAUUUCCCCAUAAAAUCUUUCAUCAUCGAAAACAGUAUUAUCAUAUCUUCUCUUCUGCUAUAUAUUCCCUUCCCCUUUGGCGUCCUGAGAGACACAAAUCUUGAUUCUUGUUAUUGAUUCUUGAUGAAUCGUGAAAUGACGUCAAGCUUUCUUCUCAUGACGUUCUUCGCUAUAUGUACACUGAUCAUAGCCGUUGGUCCGAGCGAACUCCUCAGAAUCGGAACCAUAAAUGUCGACGGCCACUUCACCUUCCAUCCUUCCGACUUAGCCUCCGUCUCGUCGGACUUUGGUAUGUUAAAGUCGCCGGAAGAGCCAUUAGCCGUGCUUCAUCCAUCAUCGGCCGAAGACGUGGCCCGACUCGUCAGAACAGCUUACGGCUCAGCCACGGCGUUCCCGAUCUCAGCCCGAGGCCACGGCCAUUCAAUAAACGGCCAGGCCGCGACGGGGAGGAACGGAGUGGUGGUUGAGAUGAACCACCGCAAAACCGGGACGCCGGAGCCACUCGUCCGACCGGAGGAAAUGUAUGUGGACGUUUGGGGUGGAGAGUUAUGGGUCGAUGUGUUGAAGAAAACGUUGGAGUAUGGCUUAGCACCAAAGUCAUGGACUGAUUACUUGUAUCUCUCCGUUGGUGGUACGCUCUCCAAUGCAGGAAUUAGCGGCCAAGCAUUUCACCAUGGUCCUCAGAUUAGUAACGUCCUUGAGCUCGACGUUGUAACUGGGAAAGGAGAGGUGAUGAGAUGUUCAGAGGAACAGAACACAAGGCUAUUCCAUGGAGUUCUUGGUGGGUUAGGUCAAUUUGGGAUCAUUACAAGAGCACGAAUCUCUCUCGAACCUGCUCCCCAAAGGGUGAGAUGGAUUAGAGUAUUGUAUUCGAGCUUCAAGGUGUUUACGGAGGACCAAGAGUACUUGAUAUCGAUGCACGGUCAAUUAAAGUUUGAUUACGUGGAAGGGUUUGUGAUUGUUGACGAAGGUCUCGUCAACAAUUGGAGAUCCUCUUUCUUCUCUCCUCGUAACCCCGUCAAGAUAUCUUCCGUUAGUUCUAACGGCUCCGUUUUGUAUUGCCUUGAGAUCACCAAGAACUACCACGAUUCCGACUCCGAUACCGUCGAUCAGGAAGUAGAGAUUUUGAUGAAGAAACUGAAUUUUAUACCAACAUCGGUGUUCACGACGGAUCUGCAGUAUGUGGACUUUCUUGACCGGGUUCACAAGGCCGAGUUGAAGCUCCGGUCCAAGAAUUUAUGGGAGGUUCCACACCCAUGGCUCAACCUAUUCGUACCGAAAUCAAGAAUCUCUGAUUUUGACAAAGGCGUUUUCAAGGGUAUCUUAGGAAAUAAAACAAGUGGCCCUAUCCUUAUCUACCCAAUGAACAACGACAAAUGGGACGAGAGAAGCUCAGCAGUAACGCCGGAUGAGGAAGUUUUCUACCUGGUGGCUCUACUGAGAUCAGCUUUAUCGGACGGUGAGGAGACGCAGAAGCUAGAGUAUCUGAAAAAUCAGAACCGUCGGAUCUUGGAGUUCUGUGAUAAAGCCAAGAUCAGCGUGAAGCAGUACCUUCCUCACCACGCAACACAGGAAGAGUGGGUGGCUCAUUUUGGGGACAAGUGGGAACGGUUUAGAAGCAUGAAGGCUGAGUUUGAUCCGCGACAUAUCCUCGCAACAGGUCAAAGAAUCUUUCACAACCCAUCUUUGUCUUUAAUUCCUCCACCGUCUUCUUCGUCGGCGUCGUGGUGACAAAAAAAUCAGAGGGGAAAAGUAGUUGUUGAGAAUAUAAUUCUUCCUGAUGUAUAUAUAUGACCUAAUAGAGAAGCAUCAGAGAGAUUAGG